GGGUGGCGCGGCGGCGCGGCGACGCGCUGCGCUCUUGAAAUUUCGCUUUCGUUCACUCGCGGUUAUUAGUCGGCCGCGCGCGCUCCGGCAAGCAUGUGUCUCGCGUGACGCGCUCCACUACUUCGCGCACGUUCGAUUUCGUUGGCAAGGCGAUCGCGGCAUGGCUCCGCGCCGGCAAGGCGCCACCGGCGAACGGGAGGCGGAGGACACUCGCGGCUGCUGCGUCCCUGGCGAGUGCCUCCGGCCGAGGGAGCCGGUGCGCAUCGAAGACGCGAUCCGCGUGCUAUGCAACAAUGACACGUGCGCCACCGGCCGGUACAUGCACAGAGAGUGCUUCGAGCAAUGGGAAGGCGGCGUACUGGCGUAUCUGAAGUCCUGCGGCCGGGCGAGGUCGUGGUCUGAGAGGCAGCGCCACCAGAAUCUGUGGACGAAGAAGGGCUACGAUCUGGCUUUCAAAGCGUGCGGCUGCCGCUGCGGUCGCGGGCACUUGAAGAAAGAUCUGGACUGGGCGCCCCCAGGAGCGGCAGUCAGAGCCGAGGACGAGAAGAAGCGACGCAGGCGAACGAGGUCCGGCCGCACGCCCGCCGCCAACGAUGGGCGCUCCCGAGCGUUCAGCCUGUCAAGUUCAGGGUCCUGCUCGCCGCCUUCCGCGCCGUCCGAGCCGUCCGCCAGCCCGACUCACGCGCCCACACACACUGUCAUGCCCAUCAAGAGAAACUCCAAACCAGAAAUCAUUUCCGACAGAAUCAGAGCUGGUGCUGGAGCGAACGGAAUAUUCUCAAGAAGACUGGACUUUUCUACUUUUAAUCUUCUGCCGAAGCACAAAGUCAACUCAUAUCAAAUAAAGAUUGAGGACGAGGGUAACCACGGCAAUGACGACACGCGGCUCUUCAUCCUCUCGACCUUGGCAGGGCAGCACAAGCCGCGCGUCUCCUGCGCGCUCUGCAAAGACACGCUCCACGUCUUCGACCGGUAUCCCCUGGUCGAUGGCACCUUCUUCCUGAGCCCGAGACAACACACCAGCAGUGCCGUUGAGGUGAAAGUGGAAGGUCGCACGCAGUACCUAACUUGCGUCUGCAUGGGCUGCCUGGAGCGCUGCGACCCAGAGCGCACGAUCCGCUGCCGGUUCUGCGGCCAGAAGUGGGAAGGAGCGUCGCUGGUGCUGGGAACCAUGUACUCGUAUGACAUCUUUAUGGCCACGCCCUGCUGCGCGGAGCGACUGAAGUGCAACAGCUGCUACAAGCCCCUCCUGCACCCGCAGCAGCGGCUCAACUACUCGGACUACUCGCACCCGGUCACGUGCCCGCACUGCCGCGUGCUCGACACGCACUUCGUCAAGCCGCUGACCUACUGCUUCACCAAACGGGCGUUCCCGCUCUUCCAGCAGUGGCCAUAACAGUCGGCGGUGCCGGGGACCUCCCCCGGCACCCCCCCUGCCAGCGACCCCUGGACUGUGGCGCCGUCCCCGCCCCGCCGCGCCUCACCCCCCGCCCUACGUCCCGUCGUCAACACGAGCAUGGCCUCCCGAGCCCCCGAGCCGGCCGCCGAAGAGCCCGCAACCAAAUACCUCGCGCCGACCCUCGCCAGCAUCACCGAGUCGCUCUCCCUCCUCGGGCUCAGCCCCGAAACCCUCGCGAUGAGUCUCGGUGAGUCCUUGGCCGAGCGGUACCUCGCCUCGCUUCGGCCCAAGCCGGUCGAGCGGCCGCCCCUGGGCUGCGGCGCCGUCCGCCGCGCCCCCCUCGAGGAACCCUCUCUCCAGCUCUUCUCCAACGACUUCAUGGACUACCUGAACCAAAUCGCGUAAACGGUGGUGACUGGUGCCCUCGAACUUUUUUACUCCUCGAACUUUACGUGCGUUCGAUGACUAGUAAUAAUUUCUGUUAAAUUAAGUUGGUAUUAUUGAAAAUAAUUUUAUGUGUCGGUUUAGAACGUACUAUUGAUUUUAUUUUAAUUUUAUUCUGCACUUUGUUGAUUAGAUGUUGAUUUUUAUCGGAAAUAAUAAAUUAGCGAUAUAGUGAUGCCAGGGAUUGCAUUUUUUGUUUUUCGGUUCGAGUCUUACCCGGGAUGUUUUCCUUUUGAAGGUCUUGCAAAGGCGUGUUUUUAAAUUAUUGAUUACCUUUCAAUUCAGUGAUACUGAUGACCCUAUGUGAUAGGGACGUUUAGGGUGUGUGUUGUUUAGUUCAAUUUAGUUUAUUAGUUAUGUUUUAUUUUAGCAAAAUUUUAAACCUAACUUAAGUGUUAUACAAUAUUUUCGUAGGUUUAUUGCGAACUUUUAUUUCCUCCCACCAAAUGGCACUUUGGUUGUAUAACUCGAAGAAGCCAUGUUAGUUUAUUAUCUCUAAUAUCAUUUCAUUAACUUACUUAUAAUUUAAUCAGCAGUAAUAAUGGUAGAGGAUUUUAAUUGUAAGUCAUUGCUGUGUCACCAAUAAUAUGAUUAGCUUGUCUAUAUAACUUUUACAGUUAUUGUAAGGUUUGUCUUGUAAAUUGUUACUUUUUGUUUCUUUCUAUAAUUUAUUUGUAUCUCAGUGAUUAGCGGGUCGUUUUUAAAAGAGUAUUUAUUGAAAUCGAGUUAUAAUAGUGUUUCUAAAUUGUGCCAUAUCAGACAUGAUGAUUGUUUUUGUUUUGUGGUGGAAAUUAUCAAAAUUUAUGAACACCACUAAUCAUUGAGAGUUUCUGUUUUAGUUUGAAGAGGAUUUUCAUUUUUGUUGAAUUCUUCAAAGUGUUUGGCUAACUCUAUAGGUUUAGGUUUAAGGGUUUUCUAUAAUUAUCAUGGAUGUCUAUUUAUUUAUAAGUGGAUAGCGCUUGACUUACGAGCGUUUAAGUGAUGUGCACGUUUACUCUUAACUGUUUAAUGUUAACAUUUUAGGUAAGGUUUUUAUACAUUGAUACUAUUACUCGCAAAGUGAUUACAAGUGAUAAAGUUAGUUUAGUGAGUGUGUAGUGAUAUAAAGUGGUGCGGAUUGCUAGGCGCGUACAGGACGAAUCGUGAUACAGGCGGACGUUUCGCUAUUUAGGCAAUAAUUCUUAUCAAGACUUGACACUUUUAUAGGUAAAAAUUUUGCAUUGUCCUUCUAAUCGUACUGCCAUUUUACUAAAUUUUGGGAUUUGCGUGCUCGGUGUUGUUGCUUUGUUUUUCUUUUGUUUUUUAAGAACAGCCUCGCUCGUUGGUUUAAAAUUUAAAUUUCUGACCGUCAGUUGUUUUUUAUUGUUUCUAUUUUUAACUUUUUUGUUUACAAGAAUUAUUGUUUUUUUUUUUUGCAGCCAGUGAUGUAAGUAUUCAGCAAACACACCCAGUACCGAAUCCCAGUUCACUCGGACUGAAUACGUCAUGUUUUUAGCUAGUACGAUAUCGGAUCUGUUGUGUAGUACGUAGAACAUCAUCGUCAUCGCUACAUUUUGGGGUUGCCAGGCGUUUGAACUAGACUUAGGCCGUGUGCUGCUGUUAGUGUCCCGAUGAUCCUAUAGUGAUGGGCUCCUAACAUUUUUUAUCGAUAUGCGUGCCGUUUGACAGAAGCAGCGGUGCUUUGUAUUUGUGUUUUUUUUUUCACUCAGCGCACGGCCUUAGUGUUAUUAACCGUAAUAAAUGCUUUCCAGCCAGUUGCCGCGCAACCUAGAGUUGUAACGACCCAAUAAAGAUUUUUUCAUCGGGCAACAGGCUGGUAAUAGUUUUUCAGCGCUGGCAACACUCGCUAACAUCACGCCAUCAUCCGCAUCACUGCAACUCAUCGUCAUCCUCAUCGCACUGUGUGUGAGGCGGCGACUGACUCCUGUGGCCAGGUUAUGAUGCACUUAGACAUUGAUACGUAUCAUAGUUACUUCACGCCGUAUCACGAACCUGAUUCACUUUAAAAAUAAAUAUCAUGGAUCAAAAAUGAACUAUAUUUUAUGCAGUUUUCGGUUUUUUUUUCAUAUUUUUUAUGAUUUUUAAAGAACGCACAUCAAAUGUAUUUCAAGAAGUACCUCGGUACAUGCAAAUAAAAUAUUUAUUUAAAUAAAGUAAAUUUCUUAUUUUACUGUUCAAUUUAUUGAAGUUCAUUUGUGAGUUGGUGAAAGUUCAGAGAGCAACUAGAUGUGUAUCAUUGUAAUUUUAACAAUUUAACAUUAAAAAUAAAUCAUAUUUCGAAAGUAUAUGCCCAAAACUAUUUACUAUAGAGAGAUUUGUAUAAAUUUUAGAUAUGCACUAUUUUGAAUCAUCGGGUCACAGUUGCCAGUCGUCAUGAGUGGUUGUAAUACCUCUUACAUUUUAUAUUAGUAUCCUUCGCUUCAAAGUAAAUUAAGACGAGAUUAUCUACCUAACAUAGCGUGGCGUCAUAGUAUUGUAAAUAUGCCGUUAGUCCUCCACGGAUGCUUACAAAAGAUGUUUAAAGAUAUAUUGCAUAUUCUAGAUUAGCCAUAAAAUCGAUAGUACAUAAUUUCAACAAUAUCAAAGAAUCCCUAAUUAUUUUAACAAACCGGCGGAAUCACGAUGACCCUUCAUAUGUUAUUCAAUUUUAAUUUUAUCGAAGUUUGCUCGUUCGAAUAUAGAAUUAUAUUUAAAUGUUUAAUAAAAAAAGUACAUUCAAAUAAAUGUAUGUACUCUAUAAAGUAUUUGAAAAAAAAAAAAAAUUAACGAGCUGUUGUUGGUAUAUUUAGGAAAAUAUUAAAAAAUCCAGAUCAUCUGAUGGUGUACAUGUACAAAUGUGGAGUGAAGAGUCAUCGGAGUUCCGACCUUAUAGUGACAUAAAGUAUAAAGUCAUAUUGUUUAAUAGUCAAUACAGAGCCAUCUACUUAGAUUUAUCAUAUUACUCGUUUAAAUGACGCUAGAGUCGUCUGAACCCUCUAUCCGGUACAAACUGAAAAUAAUAACUAUUUUGGAAACUAUAUCAGUCCGCCGACUCACCAAGGAUGUUUAUUUAUUAUAGAAUUUUCAAUAUUAAAGAAGAUAGUAAAAUAUAGUAAAUAAAUCAUUGUGGCUCCUAAAGUAAAUUCCGGUAUUAGAAUAUUAUAAAUCCUUAAGUUGCAUAGUACAACUUUACACGGUAAAAAUAUUUAAAAAAUAUAUCACUAAACCAAAUAAAUUUAUAACAAAUAUUACAAUUAUAGUUAUCAUUCAGGUAGGUAUAGUUCCUUGACAGACCGUAAACAACGCUGUUGUCUUUCAUAAAGAACAAUAUUUAUCUGACUAAAGUACAAUUCAUAGACUAAACAAAAUAUUAAACUUAAAAAUAUCAUUGUUUACUAAAAACAAAAAAACUAAAUUUCUAUAAGUUUGUUUACUCCAAUAAUGCAGGUAUGUCAAGAAACCGUACAUGUUUAAAAAAAUCUUUUUGUAAUGUUUUUUCUUACAAAACUUUUUUGGCUUUCUACUAAGUAUCUAUCUAUUUUACGUGUAAAAAUACUAUCAAAACGCUUUGAAAGGUUGUAUAGAUUAAUAGAGGACUCGAGUCUCAGCAAUAGUCUUGGUUCUUCCUGACAAAAACAAAUAAUUAUAAUUAUCAGAAUAUGUUUGAUUCUUCAUAUUUUACUCACUUAGUUACUUGUUCAGUUUAAUAAAUGUAAUUACACGAACGUUGCCAACUUUCUUAGUUUAUUUGCAAAUAUUUGUUAAAUUUUUGUAAUUAAUAACAAUUUAUUUAGACACCGACAUUCGAAUUUCUUAAUGUUGAAUUUUAAUGUAAUUUAGUGAAUUGCUUAAAAGUACAAAGAAACAAUUUGUUACUUUUGCAAAUUUUAUAAAAUAAAACAAAUACAUAUUAAAGGUAACACUGAUCUAGGUAAUCUAUACGAAAUAGUUGGUGUAACGUCCUAUGUAUCACAGUCGCGUUACAUUGCACAAACUCCGUUACAUGUAAAGAAAUUUCGUUUUUAUUCGGUUAUAAAUUUAGUAUCGGAAAUUGUUACUUAUUAUAGAAAGCUAUAUCUUGUAUCGGUUCUUUGAAUUUGAUUAAUUUACGUAUUUUAUCGAAGCUCCUAGUUACAUACUUAGAAGCACACUAUACAAGUGACGUCAUCGGCAUAAUAUUCUUUGGUCUAUAGGUAUUGUGUCUCGCUUUUAAAAUAGGUUAAUCUACUCUUUUUCCAUCGUAGCUCUUAUUUAGGAUCGUAGGGUUUCCUUUAAGUAUAAUGUGUGAAUGGGAUGAGUGUUUGCGAUCACAAUUAACAUUAAGUUUAGUAUGUUUCAUUAUUGCACCUCCAAACAACCAAACCAACCAAAAAGUGCCAAACGAGUUGUUUGUAAUCGUGUAAUUUCUGGUCAUAGUAACUGCGAAAGCAGUCCAGUGUUAGGUAUGUGAAAAUUUAAAUUUAAAAUUCUCGUGAUAACGUAAGUAACUAAGCGCACUCGAUGUCACGCCACUACCACUGCCGGCUUUGAAUAUUAAAUUUUUAGCCGUACUAGAGUCUACGUCAUAUAUCCAGACCACAUUCGACAGUUUGAAAUUUCGCCGAAACUUUUCACUGAAUUUUUAACUGAACUGCGAGUUCUACUCAUGUAUGUCGGUUAUAGUAGGAAUCACCAAGUUGGUUGUUCUAAAUAAGGAUGUCGAUUGCGACUGUCGGGGUAGCGGACUUAUAAACAAAUGUUUGGAAAUGUCAUGUCAUUCACAUCAAACUCAUGUCACGCGAUCCCAACUCUGUAUUGGCAGCAAUACAGCUCCUAUAUGGCUAAAGCCAGAGUUGGCGGGCUCUCCUAAAAAAUCUACACGCUGCAUUAUAGCGUGUAAUAAUAAUAAUGUAUAUAAGUGGCGUGAUUUAUACAUUUACAUGCAUUUGGAAUUAAAGUUAGCCGCCUGAGAAAGGUCUCCGCUGCCAUUUGUCGAGCGGCAGGCAACAAUGGAACUUAUGAAUAGACUCUAAAUCUACAAAGAAUGAAGGCAACGAUUGAUCAUUCUGUACCCCAGUCCAUAAUUCACGCUCAAAAUUUACCGAACGCGUUGGCUGAUUCUAGUAUACGGCUGUUAUUGGUUAGUGAAAGAUGCAAAUCAAAACGUGUUAAUUAUAUUUUGAUACUCGAUGUUUUCUACACUAAUGUAGUAAGUUUGUAUUAAUCUUUCGUAUUUACUGUGUAGGUAGUAACGUCGCGCUCUAUCGCAUUUACUAGUUGCAGCGGACCAGUUCAAGUUACAGCACUGUUGAUAAAUCUAAAUAUUCCAUUUCACUUAAAUAGACUGAAUUUAUUAAUAAAACAAUAUUACUAUCUUUCGAACUAACAAAUGCGAUGGGAAUGUGUAUCUGACACCAACCGUGCGACGGGUCACCGAGACCCAGCCACAUUCGAUCAGAAACGAUGUAAGACGGUCCAGCAAAAGCCAAGUUUAAGAACUAAAAUUGGUGAUAAUCUUACGAAUUGGAUAAAGAUAAUAAUUAAGUUAUUGCGUGGCAAUUAGAUUAACGAUUUUUACUACGUAACGCGUGGGGUGCAUCAGGGUAUGAGUGUCAUAAUUUGUAUUAACAUAAACUUUUGUACUUUCGUAACGGUAACAAGUAAUUUAGCGGUAACAUUUUUCUAUUAAUAAUAUGUAAUGCGUACCUAUGCGAUAAACAUCAAGUAAUGUACGUUUUUUUACUGAAAUGUAGAUGUAGUAUUUUUGUAAGACGAAACCGAGUCUCGGGCUCGUACGUGUAUCACAGCGAUAAUAGAUAUUGUGUAAGACUGUUUGUCUGUCGAGUGUUGAGGAGCAGUCUUUGGGAAGCAUAGUUCUGCAGCAGUCGUGGAUGUAUUGGGAAAAUAAAAAUCGUAAGACCCCUCCUCGAUACUAGGCGUUCAAAGUUAAGGUCAUUGUGUAUCUAGGCUAGUAAGUUAACUUUCUAUGCAUUUUCUACUUGAAUGCUUUGAGGCAUUUCGAUUUUGCUAUUAAUUGGCCCACAACAUCUUUAUUAAGCUUCGAUUGGUCUAGUCCAAAUCAUGUCUCUGACAUCGGUUGCUUUAAAAGUAAUCCGUGUAUCUAAAUUCUAAAUUAUUCCCAUUUUGAGAUGAUUAAAAAUUUCGGCUUUAAAAAUUAAAUUUUGAAGUAUCUCAACAGGCAUUUUUCGUCAGUAAGUACUAUCGUAUGUUCGGAUGAAUGAGUCAAUAGCAUGUUUUGGGUUACUCCUCUUUCUUGGUCAGAUGCGUUGGUCGUCUGCCAGGAUGAUAGUUUACUUAUAUUCAGUGUGGUCGUGUCUUUUAAGUGUUUUUUAUACGAUGAUCUCUUGUAGUUUGUUUACAAUUUACUGAAUACAGAUGGUUAGGAAGGUAAGGAAGUAAGGUAAGAAAGAUUGAGAAGCUCAGAGGGAAAUACAAUUAUUUUUAAAUAAGUAUUAAGUGCUUAAAGUAAACGUAAGCUCUAAAUUAAGUAUUUGCUAUUAAAACUACAUUAUACCAUUGGAAAAAAUGAUAUUAUUUUUAAAACUACGAUGCGUUUUAACGUAUAUUUUUGUACAUUCUCGGUCGAUGCAUAAGGAAUUGGAGCAAAUAAUGUUAAGAGUAAGAUAUUUGUGGUUACGAAAAAGAAAAGUUCCAUUUUGUAACGGUUUAAAGAUUAUUAAAAAACUAUUAAUUUUGUAAUGAUAGUGAGCGUUGUAUUGUCUAUUUUGUACGUUGGUGAAGCAUGACUAGCUAUAAGGUUGUUUCAGAAAAUUGUAAUAAAACUGGGGAGGCGAAAAAAAAAUGUUAUAUUUUAUACGGAUCACAUGAUAUUGCGUCUGCCUCGGCGGGCCCUGUGUUACUUUACGAAGCUAGAUUGUAAGUUCACUCUUUAAAAGAGUUCGCAGGUAGUAGUUUUAGUAGGCUUAGUGUUUUUUAUACUGGCUUGAUGUUGUGACAUUUAUUAUUAAUAUGAUAUCGAUAAAGCAGAUAACCGAACAAGCGGCCAACACUGAUCCACAGCAGGAUGUGUAGUGGGUACUCGAUGUUGGGAACAUAAUUUAUAUGUUUUAGUUACACGGCGUGGGCAGCAUUCGUGCAGUUUUGUGAUGUUAAUUAACCAAAGUGUUGCUGUUCGCAUGCAUAUCAUUUUAAUACGACGCUAGAUACAUUUUUCGGUACAAAAACUUAGCGAAGUUUUUAUUCGAUUAAUAAUAUUGUUAGAUAAAUCUUGUCGGUUACGUGCUGGACGGUCGUCGGCGACCGGUGCAAAGCGGAGCCGUUUCUAGUCGAUCCAGUCGGUUUCAGCGUCGAAAGCAUCGAUUCGUAAUCGAUUGUUCCACUACGUAACUAGACGAUGAACCUGAAUUAUUUCAGUUAUUUAGCAGAAUUAUAUUAUUGUCUAGUAUUUCCGAUUAUGUUACGUUUUAUAUUGCUUAUAUUAUAUAUUAUGAAUACAAUGUUUAUUAAGUAUUUAAUAUUCAUUUUGAUGAGGACCUAGUCGAUUCUCUAUAUAUCACAUCUCCCAAAGUACAAAUUCCUUGUUGUUUAGUCCAAUUUUGUUUGACUGUUAUUGAAUGGAAAUUAAUUUAGCAAGCACGCGGUCUCGUCGAACCUAAGAAAUGGUUGACGAGGCGCGUGUUCAGACCUAAGGCAUGUUUGAUUCCUCGUGUAUGAUCUUUAUGUCUACCAUUUACAUUUUAGAGCAUAAUAAUUAUUUAAUAGAUCAACUGGGUCGGCUUUGUUAUCACCGCUUCUACGCUUGUUGCCUUUAUUUUGGUUUAUGCGAUGUGUUGCAUACCAUUCAUAUUAAUGAGAUGUACCAAAACGGUAUACACACAUCGCAAGAAAAUUUAAAAUAGCUGUUACAUGUUUAUUAACAUAAAGUGAUCGAAUCGUAACAAUCUUGGAAUACAAAAGUGAUUCUCGUAAGUUAUUUCGCCAAAGCCGACCUAAUGAUCUAUUUUUAUUAAAUUAAAUGUAUCUCGAGCGUCUCGUACGAGAUAAAAAAAAAUAGUUGAAAUAAAACCAUUUUUCCAUAUUUAAACAAUUUAUUUUGCGUCGAAAUAUGCGCGUUACAAUUAUGUUUAGCAGCUUUUAACUUAAGUUUUAAUUAGGUUUAUUUUAUUACUUUACCUACCUAUUUAGUUAAUGCACAAUGUAAUAACCCAAUACUUAUGUUCCGUUUUCUUACUAAUUUUCAUAAAAUGUUGUCAGAAUAUUAAUUUUGUAACAUGUACAAUCAUGCUCAGAAAUGUUUAUAAAUAUUUUUCUUACCUUUAUAAAGUUGUCGUAAUCGCCUACUACACAUUAUCCAGUUGCAAAACUAAUUUAGCAAUCAAAUAUAUUUCAAAUGACACUAUACCUAUGAUGAAUACAAUGAAACCUUUAUAAAAAUAUGAAUAAUAA